AUGGAGAGCGGAAGCACGUCGCUCUGGCGUUGGGGUCUGUGUAUCACUGUGACGUCAUUAUCUCUGUGGAAAGUCGUGGAGCUGAUAGUGAACGGUGAAGCGUGUUGGGACCGAGUUUAUUGCACAAAAUCCAAGAAGAACAAGUACUUGGCUGGCUUCCCGGGUCUCGUAGGGAACACGCCACUUGUGGAGCUCACCAGUUUGUCCAAGGUCACGGGCUGCAAGAUUCUGGCGAAGGCUGAAUUUUUGAAUCCGGGUGGAAGUUCGAAGGAUCGAGUUGCAAAGAGAAUUGUGGAGGAUGCUGAGUCCCGAGGACUGUUGAAAGAGGGAGGCACUAUCGUGGAGGGGACGUCGGGAAGCACGGGCAUCAGUCUGUCGCUAAUGGCAAGAGCUCGAGGAUAUAGAUGCCUUAUUGUGAUGCCGGAUGACCAAGCAAAGGAAAAGAGUCAGCUUUUGGUGAAGCUUGGUGCUGAGGUCGUGCUGGUGAAACCGGCGUCCAUCGUGAACGCUAAGCAUUACGUGAACGAAGCCAAGCGGUUGGCACGUAGCAUUGAAGGAGGAUACUUCUCCGACCAAUUUGAGAAUACGGCUAACUUUGACAGCCACUACACCACAACUGGUCCGGAAAUUUGGCGCCAGACGAAUGGAACGGUGGACGCUUUUGUGAUGGCAGCAGGCACUGGAGGCACCAUCGCAGGAACGUCGGCAUAUUUAAAGAAGCAGAACCCCGAUGUACAGGUAUUUCUUGCUGACCCUCCAGGUUCCAGUUUGUACAACAAGGUUCGAAGCAAUAUUUGUUAUGCUUCGCAACAGGCUGAGACCAAAGUGCGUCGACACCGAUACGACACCAUCGCUGAAGGUGUGGGCAUCGACCGUUUAACACAAAACUUUAUGCUCGCCAAGAUUGAUGAUGCCUUCAAAGUAACGGAUCAGGAGAUGGUAGAGAUGUCACGCUUCUUAUUACGUGAAGAAGGCAUCUUUGUAGGAAGCUCCAGUGGCCUCAAUUGCGUCGCAGCUGUGCGCGCCGCCCGCAAGCUCGGGCCGGGUCAUACUAUCGUAACAAUCCUGUGUGAUUCAGGCCAGCGUCACCUCACUAAGUUUUGGAACGAGGACCACAUCCGUCAGAACUGGCAGCUGGAGCCCAGGGCCACACACCUCGAGUUCCUGGACGGCUCGACGGGGCAGCCGUAA